CUCAAAUUUAAAUAUGAUUAUACGCAAAGACCUCUUGCUACAAAGAGGCCAGCACAAUUGAAGAGAACCAGGAAAAAGCACCAGAGUAUCUUUAAGGACUCUAUUUUUGGUUAUUGUAGUGUUCCUAGCAGCAACACAAGCAGCUACCUUGACCUCUACAGGAGUCUCAGUGGAUCCUAAUACAGUGAAUGCAGCCUCAACUUUAAAUUUACGAUCAACUUUGGCUACAGUUGUCCCAGCUGGUGGAAGAUUAGUGCUGACUUUGCCUAGCUCUAUGAGUGUUUCAACAGCUACAGCAUUAACAUGAGCAUUUACUGAACCCGCAAGUCUUGCUAUUACAAGUUGAUCUUAUGUUGGAAAUGUAAUAACAUUGACAUUAGGAGGAACCCAAUUGACAAAUUCAUUCUUCCAAGUUGAUAUUUCUAAUGUUGUGAAUCCUCCAAGUACGACUCAAACCCCAACUUUUCUUUUCAGGACUGAAGAUUCUUCAGGAACAAUUCUUGAUCAACAGACUUCGAACAUAAUUUUAGUAGCAAGUUCUGGAUCUCUAAGUUCGAUUACUUUUACUCCUACAAGUCAAGUUGUAGGUGAAACCACAACACUAGCAGUAUCCUUCAAAAAUACCCAUACUUUGAUUGCUGGAGGAAAGAUUAAAGUAACUUUCCCGAAAUGGAAUCCUGGAGCUUUGCUAGCAUCGCAAAGGCUCUCAAUGAUUGAGACAGGAUUUGCUGUAACAUCAGUGAGCACUAACUUAAAUAGCGGGAGUCUUACUGCCACUUUUACUAAUGAUGUAUUGACCAUUUCAAACGCUAUCACUGCUGAUAUAGCAGGAGGAAGUACUGUAAGUUUUACAGUGACAAAUUUCAAAAAUCCUAUCUCGACAGCCACCCACUCAGGAUUUUCAAUUGACACGACUGACUCUAGUGAUGGUGUAAUUGAUUCAGGAUCAGGUACAAUUAGGAUCACAACUUCAUCUGCUGUGUAUAAUGCUGCUUUCUCGGCCUCAACAACUUCACAAGUUCAGGAGAAUUCAGUUUUCAGAGUUACUUUCCAAGUCCCAGUGCCAUUAGAGUCUGGAUGCAUUGUAGAGAUCAAAUUUCCAUCAGAUUUUACAUCUUUCUCGAUCAAUGAGGUUAGAGGCUACAGUCUCUUUGGAGGACCUACAGUAAAAAGUGGUGGAAGCUUUAAUGCUGGAAGUAAUACUUAUACUCUUCCAAAUUCUUGCACAGAUUAUGUAGCCAGUGGAACUCAAGGUAUAAUUGAUUUUGACUCUAUUGAAAAUCCGAUGUCUACAAGACCUACAGGAAGCGUAGAGAUUUACGUAAAAGAUUCUUCACAAUUUCUGAUCGGACAACUCACUACAGGAAUAACUCACACAUCCACUACAGGAACUAUAACAGGAAUAAGUCUUACACCAGACAAUACUAUUGUAUCCACGACUACAUCAGCGACUAUCAAAUUUUUGCCUGCUCAUAACCUUCUUGAUAAUGAAUCUCGGAUAGUUAUAACUUUACCAUCAGAUGUUAGCAUUGCUGACCAAUCAAGUACUGCUACUUGCUCAAUAUCAGACCUUCAAUUUAUUUCUCCAACUGUGACUUGUACUGUUAUUAGCAAUGUAAUCACUUUAAUUGAUCCCUUCAGCGUAAAUUAUAUCUCAACUUCUUCUGAAAUCCUUCAGUUUAAAGUUGCAGGAAUGACAAUGCCUCCAUCCCUCAAGCCACCUGGAAAUCUAGUUGUUACCACAAAGAUAGGCUCAGGUUCAACCUUUUAUGAUGUUGAUACAGCAUCGGCAAGUGGAAAUUUUGUAGCUACUGUUGGAUCAAUGACAGAUUAUUCAGCUACUCCUUCAAAUUUCCUUGCUUAUAUUCAGACUACUUAUACAUUUACAUUCAAACCUCAGCAUAAUAUCCUCCAGAAUGGAUAUGUAACUGUUGAUCUCCCUACUCAGAUCAGUAUUCCUGAUGCUGCUACUUCAGCUUCAUCUUGUGCAUCAAUUGCAGGGUUUUUAACUACAAUCUCUUGUGCUGUAUCAGGAAGUAGGAUUACUAUAUCUAAUGGAUUUACAAGUGCAAACUUAGCAGCAGGAACAAGCAUCAGCUUUUCAAUAAAUGGAGUUCUGAACCCUGUAUCAUUAAGUACAUCUAGCUCAUUCACUUUCACAACAUACGAUUCAAGUAAUUAUCAAAUUGAUGUCAGGAGUUCAGGAAUAACAGUCACCAUGACUUCUGUUGGAGAACUUGAAAGAGUUCAAUUAUCAGCUGCUUCAUUAAUUAAUGGAGCUACUAAUGCCUAUACUUUUACUUUCAGAGCUAGCUCACCAUUAAAAGAUGGAGAUAGGAUCUAUAUCAAGGUCCCCAACAGUAUUACCCCACCUUUAUCCCCAACAUGUGCUGGUAUUCUCCUCUUAUCUUCUUCUUUAUCAUGCAAUACUUUAAAUAAGGAAAUAUUUGUAACUAUCUCGGCUGCUAGUGGUAGCACUAUUGAUGCAAGACAAGAUUUUUCUUUCUCGAUAUCUGGAUUUGUGAAUCCAUCAAGUACUAGACCUACAGAUGCAUUGACUUUUGAAGCUCAAGAUUCUACAGGAUCAUCUAUCAAUACAUACACAAGUGCUAUUGUUGUAACUAUAACUACUAGUGUAGCUGCCCCAAUCACCACCUCGUCCAUAUCAAAUGAGAAUAAAUUCGCUUCCCAGAGUACAACUCUUUAUCUGAAUUUUACAACAAUCCAUGAAAUUCCACAAAAUGGGAUCAUUAUUGUGGAGUACCCGACUGAGAUAUCUCCUUUCAACUCUGCUGCAACAACGAUCACUUGUAGUUUGAACAUUGCUGCAAAUCCCACUUGUACACAUACUUCAGCAAGCCGAACGAUUCAAAUUAGUAAUAUUCUGACUUCUACUUUUCUUGCUGAAGGGACGGAAGUUCGGAUUACUUUGAAUGAAAUGAAGAAUCCUAGCACUUCUACCCCAACGAGUUCGUUUAAGAUAGGGACUUAUGAAGUAGCUUCUGGAACCAAUUAUAUCAUUGACCAAGCCACAACAGGUUUAACGAUCUCAUCCAAUUGUAAUUUCCCAUGUAGAACGUGUGAUGCUACUGAUAAGUCAAAAUGUUCAAGCUGAUUACUUGAUAGCUCUGGAAAUACUCUUUACCUUCAGACUACUACAAGUGGUGGCACCACCACAACUACUUGUGUAAGUAGUUGAAACACAGAUUAUGUUGAGAUUAGCGGAGUCUGAGAAGCAUGAGAAAAUAAUUGAGGAGCAUGCCUCUCAACUAACAAAGGAAGCUGUACUCAAUGAGGAAAAGCUGCAGCACAGUUUCUUGUCGGAGAUAGAUGCACAAAUAACUGACCUUCUGGAACUUAUGGAAAUACUUCUACAAAUAAAUGAGUUAGCUGAGUAUUCCCUUGUCAAACUUGCACAAGCUCUACUUCGUGUGAAUCAUGUGCAGAAUUUGAUACUUCAGGAAAUCCUUCUUCACUUGUAAAAUUAGAAAGUAAUACAUGAAAAGCUUCUUGUACUGCUGAUCUCUUUGUUGAUAUAAAUGAUGUGUGUACACCUUGUUCCUCAAGCUGUAGCAAAUGCUCAGAGAGAAUAGAUAUAUGCACUGAGUGAACCUCUCCCUUAAUUUUAGAUAAAUCAACUAGUUCAUGUCAACCUUCUUGUCCUGUAGGAACUACUAUUCAAAAUAUUGCUGCGAACACAUGUGAAAUUUGUAACACUAACUGUGCUACCUGUGCAGGGACUGUGAAUACUUGAUCUUCAUGAAACAGCGGCUUAUUGCUGACUACAAGUAAUACAUGAGCUACCUCUUGUCUUACAACUGAUACUUUUGUAAAUGGAUCUAAUCAAUGAGUGAAAUGAGCUACAGGGUGCACAAGCUGUAGUGGGUUGGCAAACUAUUGCGAUAAAUGAGAUACUGCUUCAGGUUAUCUCUUUGCAAAUUUCACUUGAGUAACAUCUUGUCCCUCAGACUUUUCAGUAGAUAUUUCAGACACUACAAGGUGUAUUCUCGAAGGACUUCAAUGCCCCUUUGGAUACUCAAUUGAUUCUUCUGGUACCCAAUGAGAGCCUUCAAGUGUUGUAUGUAGAUCUGGAUAUAAAGUAAACAAUGAAAAGACGAAAUGCAUCCCAGAACCUGGCUCAACUAUCCCGUUCCCAUUCUUCAUAGUCUUCAUAGUUAUGGCAAUUGUAAUAGCCAUUGGGUCUUUAGUACAUAGACAACAGAUGAUCACAACUUGUCUGAUAAAAGCGAUUGCAAUACUUGAAAUUCCUUAUCUUAUUGUUCAGAUUUAUUCUGCUGUAUACAUUUCUUCAUGGGGAAUUUGAAUCGGGACAAUAAUCGCUCUAGUAGUUCUAAUUGCUAUUGAUAUUGUUUUUUAUAUUAUCUACAGUGCUAGUGUGGUUAAAGAUAAUGCUUACAAGCAUUGGAAGGAUAAAUACAGAUGUGCUACUCAAACAAUUUCUGUUCUAAGUUUACUCAUGAACUUUAAAAUAUUCCGUUGUUUGUACUCUAAAUUCUACGGAGUAACUACUUUCAAUGCUCCAUUCGAGAGAUCAACCCUAUUCUACCGGCCCUUAGUGGUGAUGACUAUCAUUUACUUACUGUUUGUUUUAAUACCUAUUAUUAUUGUGGAUAUAGUCACCUUCUACUUUGUUGAAUGGGGCUACCAGUUACUUAUAGUCGCUAUUGAAAGUUUUGUAUUCUCAAUUCUAAUGAUCAUUCUAUCCUUCAUUGAGUUCUUCCAAAUCAAGAGAAAAGUAUUCAAAGAUGAUGAAGAAGAUUAUCUAUCCAUCAACCCAAAAAUGUUUGAUAAUGCUUAUACUGCUGCAGGAGGAAUUCCUCCUCAUGAUCCUGGAGAAAGAGUGGGAACUCAUCAAAGAGUUAAAGGAAUGACAGGACUUGAAGAAUCAAGUGCAUCCCACCUCUACAACAGUUAUUCCUAUAAUGGAGAAAAAUAUCAAGAUAAGUCUAAUCUGUCUUCUAUUGGUUUUAUUACCAGAUUUAAUAGUGGUAAAGGGAUCAUUUCUGACGCUCAGAGAGAAGACAGGAUGAAUUUACACAACAUUGUAAACCAGCUGAACAAAAAGAACCCAAUUUUCGAGUCUGGCUAUUUAAAUAUCAUGGAUCUCAAAGAUAAUGCUAUAUUCAAAAGAAGGAAAGAUUAUGACCCCAAUGUGAUGCUAGCUGAUGAAGAAGACUUUGAUCAAUGAGACAGAAAAUUCCUCCGCAGAAGCGUUAGUUUUGAAGAUUUUAGAGAACACGAUGAUACAUUUGCUCCAAACAAGAGGGAAUUAAUUGAAGAAAAGUGAAUCUCUUACCCUCCAUCUCCCCGAGAAAUGCAAGCAAUGGAGCACUACCUCUUUGGAGAAGGAGUUGAACUUGCAAGAGACAAACUUAAGGCUGAAUAUGCUUACAACAACAUUUAUGCUGAUAGAGAGGGAGAAGAAUUUGAUCCUGAAGAUGAAUUUGGAAAAAUUAGGGCUAGAAAAGUCCAAACCUACGGUACAGAUGCUCAUACCGCAAAAGUGAGAGGGACCAAUGAAGACCUUGAUGAUGUUGAAGUAGACCCAGACCUAGCCAACAGUAUACUUGAUGGUGUCCUAGGAAAUCUUUCGGACGAUGAUGACGACAGAAAUAAUCAACUUGUGAGAAGAACCAAGAGAGAAAGAAUGGCCUUAGCUCAGAAGAGAAAGAUGGAGAUCCCUGAUUUUGCAAUCGAAGACAUCAUGGGAGAGUUCGACAUUGAUGAUCAAGGCAAUUACAUUAUCAUCAGAAAUGAAGAAAAUGGAAAUCUUGAAGAUAAAAAUGAGAGAAGAGUUAACAAAAGAGGAUAUUUGAUUGAUGAAGAUGGAAAUAUAAUUGACAAAUAUGGAAACCUUAUUUUUAAAGAAAGAGAAAUAGACAGUGAUGACGAAAUUCCACCUCCAUACUCAUUCGAGAAAAGAAAGAUGCAACUUUUGAAUCCUAACCAGAAAAACAUCGAAGAAUACGAACUAGCAGAUUUAUCACCAGAAGAUGAUGAUCAUAUUUGGAUGGAUCCUAAAGGAAAAGAUCUUGCUGAAUCUUUAUCUGGAGAUGAGACCCCUGUGGAAAGCCUUAUGGGAGAAACCCCAGGGUAUUUACAAGAUAAAACUCAGAAAACCAAGAGUCGAAGAGGUCUCAAAAAUUCAACUAUCAAUGAAGAGAAUAUCAAUCUUGACCUUGAAAGUCAGAAGGAUACAGUGAAGCUUGGUUCUUCAAAGAGACUAGGAUCAAAGAAAUCUUCGAAUAAAACCAAAAGGAUGAUAAGCGCUAGAGUUAAAGGAAUAACUGAAGAGCCAAGACCUGGAACAACUUAUGAUGGGUACGUCAGAGAUGUUCCAUUCUAUAUGCAGAACAACACUCAAAUUGGUUCGAAGAAAGCUACUCCAAAGAGAAGGAGACCAAAGAAGAAAGGCUUUAUUGAUGAUUCGCUUAAAAGAAUUUAUGGAAACAUUGAUCCUUUCCUUUACAGAGACGACUCUAAAGCAUCAGGAGUGAGGCUUGAUAAAGUCACAGACUUAAAAAUGAAAAAGAAACAACUUGAGCCUUUCAAAUUAGCAGAAUCUGCUGAAGUAAACGGAAAAUUAGGAAUGAUAGGAUCAGAUGAAGAAGUUACCUCAGAGAUGAACAGAUAUUCCCGUCUUGAAAGAGUCCCAUCCAAAUAUCAGGAUAGAUCCACCUUCGGAGAAUCUGUCAAUAAGUCUAAGCUCAAUGAUCUUGAGGAGAUAUAUGCAAGAAGAGGAAAACUAAUGGAAAGCGAUUUCCAUGGAAAGAGGUCUCUUUAUGACACCAGAAUUCCAAGACAUCACAAAAAUAGUAUGGUUAACAGAAAUGUCUUCACAGCUGAUACAGGAGCUAUGAGAAACAAAAGACAUCGCAAACAAUUUAACAACUCUAGACCAUCUGUCGACAACGUGACAAGGCAAAGAGGUAUUGAAGAAGGUGGCUGGAUAUAAUAAUUCAAAAUCAACCAUUAUAAUUCAAUU